UCGACAGAAGAGGACGAUGAGGACGUUGCCUUGAUAAACGGUGCGCGAUCCGCGUUUAGGGACAAUACACACCAAAUAUAUAAUUUGUUUUUUCAAAUCUGUAAAGUAAAUUGGUAACUUUAUAUGGUGUAGUUAUCAAUUUAAUCCGCCAAAAGUGGCGGCACAAGCUUCGGUUCUUUUGCGGGUAUUGCAUAUAGUGUUACAAGGGACCAAUCAUUUAGUAGGUUUAAAAAUGGCAUUAUAUAAUUUGACUGCUCGGACGGCUAUUGCCGUUGAAGAUGUGUUAAUUUUAAUGGAGAACCUAACAGAUAAUAUAACUAAUGCCACCGUGGCCGUGCCUCAUUAUCCAAGUGGUUAUACUCUUCCUCAAAUAAUAAUAGCCUCCAUAGUUGUAACCUUUCUUAUGAUAGUUGUCGUCGUUGGAAAUAUGCUAGUUAUUAUAGCGAUAGCGACAGAGAAGGCAUUGAAAAAUAUUCAAAACUGGUUUAUCGCCUCUCUCGCAGUAUCAGACUUUUUUUUAGGUUUAGUAAUAAUGCCUUUUUCGCUUGCUAAUGAACUUAUGGGUUAUUGGAUUUUUGGCUCUUGGUGGUGUGAUAUACAUUCCGCAAUGGAUGUUUUAUUAAGCACUGCUUCGAUUAUGAAUUUGUGCCUAAUAUCAUUGGAUAGAUACUGGAGUAUAACUCAAGCUGUAGAAUAUCUCAAAAAAAGAACUCCUAUGAGAGCCAUUGUUAUGAUUGGAGCUGUAUGGAUAUUAUCCGGUUUAAUUUGUAUCCCGCCGCUGUUGGGUUGGAAAGUCAAAAGAACUGCGGAUGUUCAGUAUCCACAAUGCCAGUUAAGUGAAGAACUGGGAUAUGUUCUUUACUCCGCGCUUGGCUCCUUCUACAUUCCUUCUUGCAUCAUGGUGUUUGUAUAUAUACGUAUAUAUUUUGCUGCCAAAGCCAGAGCGCGAAGAGGGAUUCGGAAGCAUCCUAGAAGACCGGUAACAGAUGCACAAACAAGCUUUACGAACUCUGCAGGAGGAGCAAUUUUACCACCUAAAAAUGGGAACAAUCAAAUAGAUUCCAAUGUCUCGAUAGAUCGCAACAGCAAUACAUCGCCGCGGGACGGCGAGAGACAGAUUGCAACUAUUGAAACCCCUGCACCAAAUACAUCACCAAUACCAAUUCCAACGGUAACUUGCGAUUUGGCUAGUGAUAUUUCUACUAGCGAUAAUACGAACGAACCUCAAGAAGGACAAGAGGAAAAAGAUACGCUUAAGGUAUAUAUAUCUCAGACCAAGGGAAGCCCAUUACUCUCUUGCCAGCUCAGAAAUUCCACACUGUCAAUAAACGGAGAGCUUCAAGACCAAGCAGCUGCCUUAACACGGACUCGUCAGCCAUCAGUGGGUAUCGACUGCGACAUGGUUAGUGAAUUUGAUCCUAGCAGUUCUGAUAGUGGAGUAGUGGCUCAGUGUACGGCAGUAAAGCCCUUAAAGCUUAGAUUGUGUAAACCUAUAUUUGGAAGAUCCAAACAUAACAAAGAUAGCCGAAGUAACAAAAAACAAGCAAAAAGUGAGGAUAGUGAAGUAACUGUGCCUAAAUCAGUAUUUGAACAUGUAGUGCCACGGGUUCAAAAGCCUAGAGAUCCAGAACGAGAGAAACGACGAAUAGCUAGAAAAAAGGAAAAGAGAGCGACCCUUAUCUUAGGACUUAUUAUGGGUUCCUUUAUCGCGUGUUGGUUACCAUUUUUCUUUAUGUAUAUAUUGCGAUUGGCAUACAAAAUUCCACCCAUUGCUUUUUCGACAGCAUUUUGGUUAGGGUACAUGAAUUCGGCCCUUAACCCAGUCAUUUACACCAUAUUCAACAAGGACUUCAGAAGAGCAUUCAGAAGAAUAUUGUUUAAGUGAUGUUUGGCUUAUGUGUGCUGCUACAAAUGUGUCAGUCGACGGGUUCGAACUGCACAAUAUCGCAGUGCACCUAGUGCCCUCUAUAGACAUUAGUUAUCAUUAUGUAGAUUUAGAUAUUAAUAAAAAAUGUAUUUUUGGUACUCAUUGCUACGUACAAAUUAGUUGUAAAUGCAUUUAUCAUUGUUUGACUUUGCUAAAGCUAUUUAGUUUGGCUACCUAAAUGAAUUUAAAAUUAAUAAUAAAUAAACAUUGGGCCAAUUUUUAAAAUUAGAUAGAUUAGACAGAAAGUUUAAUUACAUAUUGACUUUGAAUUAAUUUGAAAGAGUCUAAAAUAGGUAAA